AUGACACAUAUUCCUGGGAUAAGUAUCGAGACGCUACUAUUCAACUUCAAUUCCGCCUUAGACUCCGUUAGAUCGAAAGUCAACGAUAAGUUCCCACGCCAUGAGUGGUAUCGCUCUCUUGUCGACGCGUUCCGUGCGUGUCUAGGCGAUGAAGAUGACCAGCAGACCUCCGUCAUAUGGUUUGCCCUCCGGUUCCUAGAUAUCCUAUGGAGUAUCCUAUUCGGAAAGAUGGCUGGUCCUUCGCCGUGGAGAAUUAUCUUAUAUCAAAUCUCGCGAUUAAAUCGCAACGGCAUCAGUGAUCGGACCAUCAAUCUCAAUCACUUAAAGACCUCAGUGGAGCACGAUGAGGAUGCAAUCGAAAAUAUCAUUCGACAGGCCGUUGGAGAAUACUCCCCCAUGAUGGUCCCCGUAGUCGAUAUUAGUCCGCGUAACCAAAGGAUUCAUGCUGAGAGGAGCCAGGCCGAAUCAUGUCUGAGAGAAUUGGGAGAGAAUGAUACCACUCUAGGUUACGAAUCAGCUUCGAACAAUACUGCUCAGGGUCGGGAUCAUGAGUGUAGAUUCGAACGGGUAGACUGGGAAUGGGAAACCGAUAGAAGUAGUCAAGUUUCGGACUAGAUUUAUUAUGUGCUUCUCGAGGUAUGUAUUCUGACUAGGCAGUUUCUCCUUUCUACUUAGCUCAUUCUAAA